CGCUGUAGACAUUCCUGGACGCCCAAGCCCACGAUGCAAGUCAAGCCAACGACGGCGUCACUUGCGCAAAACCUGUGGCGGAAGAAGCGACUCCUGACGCAGGAGGUGCUGCAAGCCAUUGGCAGAACGCAGCCGAGCCACGACUCCAAGUUCAAGCUUGCGCUCGACAACUUCGUCGCGUACAUCGGCCACGUCCGCGUAGUUGCAGGUCGUCUUGACGCCCACCGCGUGGCCCUCCUUGCUCUCCACGGCACUUCCACGGCACUCGAUGCAGUCACUGCGGCGAGUUCAACCAACUCGACCUCCCAUGUCCGUGCAGAAAUUCUGGAUGCGGCGCUGUCACGAGCUGUGCAAUCGUUGGAAGCUAAGGCGAAGGCUCUCGAGGCCCAUGAGGACUUGAUCCGAGCCCGCGCGGCGGCCAAGCUCGAGGUCGAUAGCCUGUAUCGCCUCAAGUCCCCGCGCGUCAUCGCUGCGACCAAGUUGCUCGAAACAUUGACCGACAGCCUCUUUCGCGAGUUUGCUCAUGUUGAAGCGCAUCGCGACCAACUCAUUCACGACGACCUGGCGGCGGCGCACCUGGCGAUUCAGUCGUUCUUGGCGACGUUUUCCGCACCCCCUCCAACGUCGAGCACAUCCCGCCAUGCGCUUUGCGAAAGAGAAGACGAGCUCUUGGCCGAGUACUUGGCACCAGAGGCAGCCCGUCCCAACGGAGCCAUGGUGCCACCACCGGACGACUCGAUCACGGACGGAAAAAACCCGCACGAUGGGGUCGAAGUUGGCGACGACAGCGCGGCGUGGAUGGUGGUUCCUUUGAGCCCCACAGCGCCCCGACGAGAGACCAUGCCACGAGCCAAGUCGGCGCAGUGGAUGACCUCGCUCAAGCGUCUUUCAUCGCACCUCAAGCCUCGGCCAUGCUGUCCACUGGAACUCGGACAAGGUGGGCGAGGCGAGAGCAACCAGGUCGAGACUCUCGACAUGACCGCGUCCGACAGCUGCGUGUUUGGGUCGCAUCCGUCAUUGCUGCAGCUCGACAUGCCGCUCUCGUGAAUGCACAUUCGUUGCUGGGUAACGCAACGUGCGGAGGAGCACGAUGCCACUCUUCCCUCCACGAUGGCGCGCAGUCUGCGGCUUGUUUGGAGAGAUAGAUGCACCUGGACUGCGUGGUUGCAAAAGAUUUGGGCCCCUGUGUGAUGCAGAGUGGGUUUGCAUGGCCAGAGGGAGGGUGGCGCUUCCGCACCAGCAUCGCCA